AGGGGGCUGAGGCCAGGCAGUCUAGCGAGAUUUCCACCACCAGUUGGCCUUUUCGCAGAAACAGAGCGGGAGACAUCCCUGUAACCCCCGCUUCUGCGUUCUAGAGCUCUCCCCAGGCCCCGCCUCGAAUCGCUGUCCACGUCCUGGCGGGAGACCACCCGACUGCGGGACUUGCGACCGCAGCCUCCCACCGAUCGUUCUGGUUUCUCAGGCGUGCGCGUGAGGCCCAGAUUCCUCGCCCCCAGCCCAUCCCCACUUGACACAAUUCCGAGCGCAAAUGGGUUUGGCUGGGACCGCCCGAGGCCAGAGCUUAGGAACGGAGGGAGGUGCUCAGACCUGCUGGGAAAUCCUUUCCUCCAUGGUCGCUUCUUCAGAUACCGAGUAAAAGCCCUCACAAACCGAGCUGUGGCCGCCGCGCUGGCAUAUCGGGUAGGGGGAGCGGAGCUGCAGAGGAGGGGGGCGCAGGCGCCCGAGGCCUGCGGUGGAGGUGGGGAAGCAGGGUCUGCGUUGGGAGGCGCCCACGGAGGGCUGGAUCGUAGGGGUCGCUUAGGUCGGAAGGUCUGCGGAGGUCACGAGGGCGUGAGUCGGCGUGGCCCCGGGGGCUCUCCGCCCCCCUGGGGGUGGGUCGUCCUUGGGGAGGGAAGCUGAGACGCGAGGGAGCAACUGGGCCAGGCUGCACUUGGCUUGAGGGGCCUGAAGGACUCUCCGCGUCUCUGGAGACAAGCUUGCUACACGCACUUCAGAACCAAGAGUUCCAGGAGCAUGCUGGGGCUCAGGGGGCAGCAGCUGCCCUGGACCUGGGUCCUGCUUCUCCUGCCGGUUUGGUUGCUGCUGCUGCUGCCCGCAGCCCCCGCACCCCGCGGCACUUCCUACAAGCCGGUCAUUGUGGUGCAUGGGCUGUUUGACAGCUCGUACAGCUUCCGCCACCUGCUGGAAUAUAUCAACGAGACACACCCGGGGACUGUGGUGACGGUGCUGGAUCUCUUCGAUGGGAGAGAGAGCUUGCGGCCCCUGUGGGAACAGGUGCAAGGCUUCCGAGAGGCAGUGGCCCCCAUCAUGGCCAAGGCUCCUCAAGGAGUGCACCUCAUCUGCUACUCUCAGGGGGGCCUUGUGUGCCGGGCGCUGCUCUCGGUCAUGGAUGAUCAUAACGUGGAUUCUUUCAUCUCCCUCUCCUCGCCACAGAUGGGACAGUAUGGGGAUACUGACUACCUGAAGUGGCUGUUCCCCACCUCCAUGCGGUCCAACCUCUACCGGAUCUGCUAUAGCCCCUGGGGCCAGGAGUUCUCUAUCUGCAACUAUUGGCACGAUCCUCACCAUGAUGACUUGUACCUCAAUGCCAGCAGCUUUCUGGCUCUCAUCAAUGGAGAAAGAGACCAUCCCAACGCUACUGCAUGGCGAAAGAACUUCCUUCGUGUGGGCCGCCUGGUGCUGAUUGGGGGUCCUGACGAUGGUGUUAUCACUCCCUGGCAAUCCAGCUUCUUCGGUUUCUAUGAUGCAAACGAGACUGUCUUGGAGAUGGAAGAUCAACUGGUUUAUCUACGUGAUUCUUUCGGCUUGAAGACUCUGUUGGCACGGGGGGCCAUAGUGAGGUGUCCGAUGGCCGGGAUCUCCCACACAACCUGGCAUUCCAACCGCACCCUCUACGAAACCUGCAUCAAACCCUGGCUCUCCUGAGGAUGCUCUUGGGGCUCCCCAGGAACUCCUCAGCCCAGAGACCUGAUGGGGGUCCUGGAAAGCAGGUGGUCUGGUGCGCCCUGUGACCACCUCCCAGCUCCCACACUGCCCCCACCAAUCAGGGCUCCCAGAUUCGCCUCCUCUGCUCCUCCCCCCGACAAGCGACAGGUCCUGGGCUUCCCUACCUCACGCCCUCUUUGGAGGGUGCUCCGGGCUCCCCCUUUCUCCCGGGGCUGAGGUUGGGAUGUGAAGAUCCAGGUUUUUAACUUGUGGCUGCUGCUGCUGCUGCUCCUCCUCCAUAUCUGGCUGCACAGGAGGAGAACCCAGCCCCUGUGUGCCAUAGGGGCCUCCCUCCCUCAGGCCACUCAGGACAUUUGUAGCUUCUGUUCUCUCAUGUUCCCUUCUCUGAACUCCCCUGUGUGUCAGCUCUCCUCACUCCCAAGCAAGACCAAGUGAGAGUGAGGCUCCCCUAUGGGGACAGUUCCGUUUUUGAAGUGUCAGUGUUGGGGAAUAUCUGUGGCCUGUGAGGCCCAUCUCAGGUUUGGGGAUCCCCCAGUCCCUAUGAUCAGUGUUGGGGUACCCCUAGGGGCCUAGUUUCUUUGAGGCCCCAGCCCCUCUUUUAACUGCCCUAGAAUGGGUGUUUCUCCUGUAUUUAUGGGAAUAAAGUUGCAUUU